AUGGACGCUGUAGACGCGCCGCCGCAUUCCAAAGUCCGUCCUCUUCUACGACGUUGGAAGUCCAUCUCAACUUCUGUCGUGGCGCUCCCCACCAAUCUCUCCGCCUACUCCUCUUCCACCUCCGACGAUCUCCAGUUACUAUCCAUCAAACCCGUCCCCCACAGCUAUAGUUCGUUGAAGGACAUCUUGCCAUCAUCUGUCGCAGUCAACUCCCCGCAGCCCAAAGCUGCCCAGCCAGGGCCCGACAUCUGCAUCCGUAACCGCCUCGUCAAGCAGGCCGCCUGGGCCUACCUCCAGCCCAUGUCCACCUCUCUCGGUUCCACCGGCGACAACUUCUUCCACCAUCUCUGGACUCGCGUCGCCUCGGCCAUUGACUUCGUGGUCAGGAACGUUGUUCGGGCCCUCGAUGGGACGCUCCGUGUUAUCCGGAUCCGGAGCUCCACCUCGCAACGGUCUAACAUGUGUUUUCUGUGA